GAUGACAGCGAGUUAGAAAGUGUGUUUAAAAACAUUUAUACUGGCUGAUAAAAACACUUAUAGGUGCACUUUCGGUGCUAACAAGUGCCACAGGGUUUUUGCAAUCAAUUGGAACUGUUUAGAAAACAGGUACCACCAUGGUGGACGUGGGUGUGAAUAAUAAAACCAUUUUUGUGUUGGAUCACACACAAUAUUUUAGUAUUUCAAGCGGUGAUCUUGUAUCGCUGGAACCAGUUCGUACCAAGCCGUUAACUGGAGUUAAUGAAGUAGAUACAGAUAAUAUUUUGCCAAGUUUUAGUAAAAGUUUAUGGACAUGCUCUGUGGAGGCAGCGGUUGAAUAUUGCCGAAUUGUCUAUGAUUUGUUUCCAAAUGGCAAGUUUGUGAGAUUUUUCGUUAGUGAUACCGUAGCUCAUAUUGUAAACACAUGGAGUACUUCGACACAAAAUACCAACCAUGUUUUAAAUGCAAUGUCUCUUGUUGGUAUACCAUCGUGUAUCACUCCAUCCACUGACUUUUCUGUCAUACACGGCUUACGUGCGGCCGUCGAAGCUUUAUCAGAGCCCACUGAAGAUCAGUUAAGAACUCAACAAAUGGAUUACAGACACAAAUUUCAUGCUGCAGCGAAAAAAAAAAUUUUCAAUAAAGGACGUAUUAUAUGCAUUACAUCUGCCCGCGAUGAUGCUAGUAUUAAGAGUUUAGAGGAGAUUUUUCAUUCAGUGCUUGGACAACAAAACAAAAUGGCAGCUGGUUCGAAAAAGGCACUUAUCAUUGAUCAUUGCAAUCUUGUUAUUAUAAAUGUGUACCCUCUAAAUACUGAAUCUUUGGUUGCCGAUCGUGGUAAAGUGUUUCUUUCGCCAACUUUGUCUACCGAAAUAUUCAGCACAUCUGCACCAAACAUAUCCAACAAGCUCACGCAUUUAAUAAUGAGUCAUUACGAUUUAGCAAGCACCACAGUUACUGGAAUACCAAUGAAGGAAGAACAAAACGCUAAUUCCAGUGCAAAUUAUGAUGUAGAAAUAUUACAUUCUCGCAAUGCACAUACAGUAUUUAUGGGUACUGAGAACUUUUUACCUACAAGUAUUAAGAGCGGAGCCGAAUAUGAGACAGUUACAUUAAAAUGGUCUACACCUCGUAGUUGUGGCUCGUGUGAAUCUCAACAAAGCCUAGCACAACAUCGUGUAACCCCUGUUGAUGUCACUUCUCGUCCAAGUGCUUGUUUAAUAAAUUUUUUAUUAAAUGGUCGUUCAGUGCUUUUGGAAAUGCCACGGAAAACUUGCGGCAAAUCAACAAGCCAUUUACUAUCAGCAAGAGGUGGUGAAAUAUUCAUACAUGCUUUACAAUUUGUUCGGACUUGCAUUGAGGAUAUACCGGCAAUAACAGAAUUAGCAGGUGGUCGUUUAUCAGAUUACCGUCUUUCAGAAUUUUGUGCUAUGGCAAAAGCACAUCAUCUUGUACCACAUAAAAAUUUAUCAAAAACUGAUGAAAAUUUAUAUCAUGCUCGCCAGAUAUUAUUUCAGAGUACGCGCUAUUUUCCACUGACAUACUCGUCAACCAUAGUUUUUAAUUUACAACGCACACUUCCUUGGUUGGAAAUGUUCUUACAAAGAUGUAAUAAACCCGAUAUGGAUAAAUCCGAUGAAGUUCAGUGUCAACAGUAUCUCUUUGAUUUAUAUACCUCAUCCCGUCGUGUUGAUAGUUUACCACCUUUACCAUAUUUAGGGUGCAUUCGAGGUAACAAAAAAGUAAUUCAAUAUAAACUUAUUUGGGCUGAAUUAGAAAUAAUAUUGCGUUGCAUUCCUGCGAACCCACAUCAUAGGAUUUUACUUGAUGGUCUGCGAGCAAUGUAUAUGGAAGACAUCCGUAUAGCAAUUGAUUAUGAACACACGCCACUAUCUCAACAAACCUCAACUAUUCCAACUGAUUCGCCUAUGUCACCACCAAGUUCUACUACUAAUACUAAUAUAAGUAAAAACUCUAAGCGCAGAAGCUUAUAUGAUAUAUUCUUAUCAUAUGAUAUGCAAAUUACCAGCAAACGUUUCGAAUUCAAAGGAAGAACAAACUAUUCACAUGUUUUAUAUGAAAAUAUUAAGAAAGAGGAAGUCGUUGAAAAGGAAACUUUUAAGUGAAUAUGAUUGGUAAAGAAGAUAAUAUUAUCAUGGUUAGAUCUGAAUUAUAUUAAGUGUUUAGAUAUUAAGUGUACAUUCUUUCAGAAAUCUUUAAUUAGAUCCUAAUUCAUAUAAUUAGUUAUUUAUGCUUGUAUAUUCAUAUUCAUUCAUAUUAUUUUAAGUAGAUUUAAUUCUUGUAAUGUUUAUGUACGAAGUCAUCUAGUAACAAUAGGGAUACUCAUCUAAGCUUAUAGAAUUUAUCAAAUUCAUAAUUUUAUGUAUUUACGUACACGGUUAUAUGCACGGACUUAGUGAAAUAUUUGUGUAAAUUUAUCAAUCUGCUAUACAUUGGCACUAUUUAUAUCAGCAAUAAUUAUGAUAGCGCAAAAUGCAAUACUCAGCAGCGCAAUAUUUUAGACAAUAUCGAUGCAAUUGAUCAGCUGUGUCACUAUCAAUAAACUAAAGAAUAAAAUACCAAAAUUGAGCGAAAGUCCAAACUAAAAAGUAUUUACAAAGAUAUUUUUGUAAAUGAUUUACUUGUGUUGGAAUGCAAUUCUGUAUUAACGGAUAAAUUUAUGCGAUAUAAAUUUAUUCCAUAAAAUUUUCGUGUAAAUUUAUUAAGUUUGUGUAAACGAUUUUGCAUACAAAAUUUGACACUUCAUUUAGCAAAUAGAUAAAUUUGUACGUACACAUAUACAGUUUAGAUAGAAUCAGCUAAUAUUAAACUGUAUAAAUAUACUGUUACUUUAAACUCUUCGUUCAAAUACAAUGAAAAUUUGAUAAUAGACCAGUGAAUGAUUUUUCUUAUUGACUCAUAUAAUUACAAUUAUGGUAGAUGACUUCACUAUAAUUCCUGUUUAGCCCAAAGCACACCUUGCAUGUAUGUAUGUUAUCUUUUAUGUAUUUAAUGUAAUUUUUCCAAAAUGUAAUUUUUAUAAAUAUUUUAGACAAACAUUAUGUACUAUAUAUGAAGUUUAUUCGCUCCAGCCAUAUUUAUAGACAGACAAUAUUUUGAUCCCUUUAAAUAAUGAUUUUGUAU